AUGAAUCUUUUCACGAUCCAACAAAAUCCCAGCAAGUUCAGCUGGACGUCGUCGGAGGCCACCACUCGUACACCUUCUCAUUCAUGGAAGUCUUCAUCGACAACCCGGCACAGUCCGGCAAGCACAUCAGGAACUGAAUAUAACUCACCAAAAUCCAGCCAUUCCGUGACAGGAUCCCCCAAGCAUGACCGACCAGAGGGGUCCUCGUCUGCUGUCUUGAGCCGAACCCAAUCCAGCUCAAAAUUAUCAUGGUCGCUCUUGAAAACCAAACUCAGUGACAGCAAACGAACCUUGACCGGUGUGGGUGUGGACAGAAAGCAACAUCCGUCGUCAUCGAAGUCCGCAUAUCCCUCGCCGACAAAAACAAGGUUGAAAGUCAGCCCUCCUAUACCCAUCAUACCUGAGAGACCGGAACCGUUAUUAUUGGACCAUCCGCUGCUUGAUUUUAGUGAAACUGAAACAGGACAAAGCCACAAUGACACUUCUAAGAAGAACAUCGUUGACGACACUGCUGAACUUGAAGUGGCAAGGUCCUCUCCUGAGCUUGCGGAUCUCGAUGCAGAUAAACGAGGAAACGAAUUUGAAAGGAUCCAUCGAUGUGGAUGGACUAGGGUCUUGCCGAAAGAAUGGGUUGAAGAAGAAUUCAGUGAUGAUGACAGUAAGGACACGGAACUGACGAGGAGUGUGUAUAGUCAGGAUAAUGGGGAGGAAGAGGGCAGACGGGAUGCGAGUCAUAUAAGAUGGCAGAGACAGCUUUCGAAGGACAGCGACAGCAACACCAGGUCUGACGACGCCGGACCCGGGAGACUGAAUGACUUGGAGUUGCUUGAAAAAGACUCGAAACCAAAUGGGACGAUCUCAGCGAGGCAUGAUGGGACGAGGCUCGAGCCUUUGCGCAAAUCUGCACGCAAUCCUUUCCGGCGGAAGGCUGUACCGACUACUCGUGCCAGAGCAGAUAGGGGAAAGGGAGACUCCCGAGAAUUUGAAGCAUGUGGGCGCUCUACAAGGGUCAAUCGAGUCAUCCCUGCGGAGCAUGAUACUCAGGGUGGUGCGAGUUGGAAACAUAACCCAUAUCAGUCCGUGGAAGGAACCGCAGGAUAUGUCGGCAGCAUCAAUAAGCAAGAUCAGCGUGGACUCGAGCACACCCACUACCCUCGACAUACUCAAGAACCACUCAUUCCGCCUCCUCUGAGAAUCAAACGCCAACCAAUUGCAACAAACGCAGAAAAGAGACCAUCAGGCAAGACAGAGGAGAACGUGCCGCGUCUUUCUCCUGUCUAUCAUCAGGUCACGAGGUCUUCAUAUACCUCGAGCCGUGAUGAAAUCGCGAAAGAAGCCUUGCAAAGACCAUCACAGGUGCAUGUGCACUUUGAUGCUUCAAGGCGCGAAGCAAAGCGUGAGGCACCUUAUUAUCCACAGCCAAGGGUGUCUUCGCUUGUUACUUGCGCGCAAUCAUCACAUUCGUCACAGUCCUCGUGGCCCCCUGUCUUGUUACCGAGUGAUUCUGACGGCGGAAGACGUCCAGAUCAGCGUAGCAGCAGCACCAGGCGGUAUGUCAGGGCUGCGACGAAAGACGGGCGAAAUCUUGACUUCGACGAUACUCGCCUUCGUGCUUCCUCCCCGGAAUGCCACCAACUUACAGAGCCGGCUGCCGCCGUCGGUUCCAACGACGCCAGGCGUGUUAUUGAAGAGUUUCGCAGUGAUUAUUGUCAAAGCCAACCGCGGGACGUCGACUGUCCUGCUGGAAGCAGUCAUGGUCGAAUCGAACCCCUCAAAUACCACCACAACAACCACAGCCAUGGCCAUGGAGCUGCCGCAAGUUUGGCUUCUAACAAUCAUGAAGCCGUUGGUGGAGGUGGUGAUGAUGACAAACAUCACCUCGUCACCGAUAUCGACGACAUUCUAGACAUGUAUCUACCGCUGACCCACCAUGAGCAUGAUGAUCGGUAUAAUCACAGUCAUCAGAAGCAGCAGAACCAGAACAAGAAUCAGAAUCAGAUUCUCAAAUCCGAUCCCGAGCCUCAACCUAAAACCGUGCGACGAGAUAAGAGAAAUGAACAUCAUCAGCCACAACUACAGGACAUCAAACAAGACGGUGUCCUCGACACCAGUUCUUCUCGGCACACUGGGACUGAGAAUAUUGAAAGACAAGCCUUGCCCACCGCCCCGGUUCGAGAUCAGUGCCUCCAGACUGCGACGAAUGCAGGUGCAAGUGCGCCAGACCCUUAUCCCCUGUCCCUGCGGUAUCGUCCACCACUGGCUCUGUCUAACAACGCCCACGCACGUCCCAAAAGGAAGCAGGUCGCACAGAAUCGCAAUGAUGCUUCUGCUUCGGAUUAUGUCUCUGCCUCGGAUACGGUCUUGGAACCGAAAACUCCAGAGUCAGAGGGAGGUAGAUCCGGUGCUCCGACUCGUGGGUCGUCGUCACAUUGCGCGUCGGCAUCGGCAUCGUGGUUAUCAUCGGCGUCGUCGUCAAAGGUACAGGAAAUACCUACACCUACACCUACACCUACACCUACACCUGCACUUUCUGUUUCAUCUCAUGGCGGCGGCAAACCAGUCUCACGAGGCAGACCGAGGAAUGGAACCAUGAACAACGGCAAUCAUAACGACGAGGGCCGAUACAGUGAUGGGACAGUCGCCUAUGCCUGUACUCUUACGCCCUCGGCGAGGUCAGCGAGUGAGGUUGCGACGGAGGCUGGGAUUGAACCUUCAGCGGAGGCAGAACAUGUUGGCAGAUCUAUGGCUGUGCAUAUGAAUGUGCCUGCUCCAGUGCCCGGGACAGACGAUGCUCCAGCGCGCAAGAUGGUCCCAGUUACGGUACUAGACAGGUAUGGACGGAGUUGGAUUUGA